UAACUUGACAUAAAAUUAAUAAAAAUUGAAGAUUUUUUAAAUUAUCACCUUGACCGGAUUAUUAAGAGUUACGAAACGAUUUAUAUCUUAAAUUAAAGCUGAAAUCUUCCUCUAUAAGAUGGUGUGUAAUAUUAAAUGUCAUUGAUUAUAAAAAUGUUGAGUAAAAAAUUAAAAACUAAAAUUCCAAUUUUUAAAUUAACCUAAAAUUAAUAUAAAUUGAAGAUUUUUCAAAUCAUGGUCUUGACCGGAUUAUUAAGAGUUAGGAAACGAUUUAUAUCUUAAAUAAAAGCUGAAAUCUUCCUCUUUAAGAUGGUGUGUAAUAUGAAGUAUCAUUGAGUAUAAAAAUGUUGAGUAAAACAUUAAAAACUAAAAUGCCAAUUUUUAACUUAACCUGAAAUUAAUAAAAAUGUUAGAUAUUUUAAAUCAUCGCCUUGACCGGAUUAUUAAGAGUUAGGAAACGAUUUAUAUCUUAAAUUAAAGCUGAAAUCUUCCUCUUUAAGAUGGUGUGUAAUAUGAAUUAUCAUCGAUUAUAAAAAUGUUAAUAAUAAUCUUUAUUAUGCUAAUAAUCCGAAGGCAUACAUUCGUCAAUAUAAAAUUUACAAGCAAGGCGAAAAAUAUAAUAAAAUAUAAUAUAUAAAAUAUUACACGUAACAUUUACAUAAAAGCAAAUACACAGUCAUAACAAUCCAUGUCAGAACAGUAGUGACAGGGAAAGAAAGUUAAUCUGUUCGUAUACUAAACACAUUCAAAGGCCUGUAUAUCAUUCGACAAUUCUUCAAUAGAGUAACAUGCUUUACGCAAUAAAACAUCCUUAAUCCUAGUUAGAAAAACUUUAAAUGUUAAAUUCCUGUAACUACUAGGGCCCUUACAGACGGACGUUUAUGCCCGCGUUGAUGUUUGCACAUCCAAAAACGUGCAUACAAAAACGUAUGCUAGGUCAGCGUACAGACGUUCUGAUUUCCUAAAGCCCUAUGGGCAGAAAGAUCUUAAUCAUGACAAAAAAAUUUUUAAUUACCGAUUGGCACGGGCACGAGGUAAAAUUGAAAAUACAUUUGGCAUAUUAGCAGCACGAUUUCAAAUCUUUUACACUCCUAUCCGGUUACGCUUAGAAUCAAUAGACAAAGUGGUACUGGCUUGCUGUGUACUUCAUAAUUUUUUAAAACGAAGCUGCCCUAACAUAUAUACACCACCUGAUUCUGAUUUCGAAAAAGUAAGUUUGCAAUCAGGUCUGAGAGCUAAUCCAAGUCACCUUGCUCACCUGCAACGUAGCCAUGGUGGGAACUUUGGCAGUGAAGCAGAGCAAGUGCGACAAUUAUUUAUGCAGUAUUUUAAUGAAGAAGGAGCUGUAUCGUGGCAACCUUCUUAUUUUCCCUACGAAAACCUCCUCUAAGACUAUUUAUUUUAGUAAUAACUGAAGCUUUGGUCGCGUUUGGCUGAACAAUCUGCAGCUUCUUGAUCAGCAUUUUGUAGGCGUCGCUUUUUUUUUUAUUCAAAUAUGCUUUGGUUUUUAUAUGCCAUAGACAGGGCAGUUCCCUGUACAUUUCAAUGAAUUCACGCAGGAAGUCACGAGAGAGUGUUCUACAAUCAGACAUUCUACAAAACAAUAAAUUUGCGAAUCAAAUUUCAUAAACACGGAACUUACCUGGGCACUGAACGCUACUGAUGAACGUCGCAUAAUUUACAUCUACACGUUGAGACUUGAGAGCGAAUCCCGACAGCCGGCAGAAGUUUUGUGCGUCGUUCUUUUUGAGUGUGCACUCAAACAGGUGACGUUCUUCUGCAUACACAUUAACGUUUUUGUGUGUACGUUUUUGAAUGUGCAUACAUUAACGCGUCUGUAGAGGCCUUUAAUCUUGUCAUCUUAAAGGAGAUGACGUUAACCAAAUAUUUAUACUUAAUUCAGAUUUUCUUUAGAUUAGUUAAUCACAAACAAAUACUUGUAAUUAAUAACUUACAAAGCUAUCUCAACAAAUAAUCGAUAAUUUAGUACUUAUGAUCAAUGCACAACAAUCUGUUAUUGUUAUUAAGAUAAAAUAUUUUAUGGACACACCCAAAAAAAAUCAUAUAAAAACCCCAAAAUCAACUCAACACCCAAUCAUUUAACAAACAAUCAAAAUGAAGCUAACAAUUUUAAUCGUUAUGUGCAGCUUUUCCAUCAUUUUGGCCAACCCACAACUUCCAACAAUAAGUGAAAAUCAAGAUUGCAACCCCACAAUGCUAUUAGUUAUAAUGCGCAAUAAAUACAACCCUGGUAUUUUCUUAACCGGCCCAAAUUGUACUUACGCAAGCAGAAAAAUUAAAUAUUCCAUUGAUGGUGAAGUAAAUUACGAUGAUAGUGGAAAUUAUCCUCUGUUGGGAGGCUUCCCAAUACCCGAAACGAUUUCUUGCGAUGCUAUUAUUAAAGCUUCCGUUGUAGCUUUCGAUGAGGAUGGUGUGCAAAUCGGGGAAUCCGAUAUAGCAAAUAUUCCACCAUGUGAAAAAUGUAUAGGUAUUAUGCAUACACGUUAUGAUAGCGAUAAUAUGAACAUAAUUGUUUCAAUAACGACUCCCCCAACAUCGGAUUGUACCGCAAAUAAUUUCAAAAUAAAAUGUGUUAUUGAUGAAACGAUUACUUACACAGAUAUAAAUAAUGAUGAUUUAGGGGGAACUGUUAAAUUAAAUGAGCCAUUAACUUGCAAAGCUGAAUUAUCAAUUCUAGCUUACGGUAAAAACGGAAAAGAACUUUGGGAAACCGAUUCAACAACUUUAAGAGUAAACGGAUGUUAAAAUUAAUUGUUCAAAUACAAAUUUUGUUAUAUAACUUAUUAAUUACUAACUUUAAUAAACGAUGUA